GUUGUUCUUGGGCGGCGGCGCGGGAUGGAGGCGUCCGGGACGGUGCGGACGGGGGACGCUCUCCGGGCGGCGGCGAUGGGGUGCUGCGGUCGGUCGCUUCUGUGGCUGCUGCUCUUGUGUCUCGGCAGCCCCGCGGCCACUCUGGCCGGCUACAUCGAGGCCCUGGCAGCCAACGGUGGCAUCGGGUUUGCUGUGGCCGAGCCUCAGAUCGCCAUGUUCUGUGGAAUGCUGAAUAUGCACGUGAAUAUUCAGACUGGGAAGUGGGAGACCGAUCCUUCCGGGACAAAAAGCUGCUUUGGAAGGAAGGAAGAGAUUCUGCAGUACUGCCAAGAGAUCUAUCCAGACCUUAAGAUCACCAACGUGGUUGAAGCCAAUGAACCAGUCAACAUUAAAAAUUGGUGUAAGAAGGGGAAGAAACAGUGCAAGGGCCAUACCUAUAUCGUUGUACCCUUCAAAUGUCUUGUGGGCGAGUUUGUCAGCGAUGUCCUUUUGGUUCCUGAAAAGUGCCGCUUCUUCCACCGGGAGCGGAUGGAUGUGUGCAAAAGUCACCAAUAUUGGCACACUGUAGCAAAAGAGGCUUGCUUAACCGAGGGUAUGAUCUUGCACAGUUACGGGAUGUUGCUCCCUUGUGGUGUAGACCAGUUCCACGGCACGGAAUACGUGUGUUGCCCUCAGGCCAAAAUUGUAGAUGAAGCUCUGUCUAAGGAGGAGGAGGAAGAGGAUGAAGACGAGGAGGAGGAAGACGACAACGAUGGUAACAAAAGUGAAUUGCCCACCGAAGCAGAUACAGAUGACUUCACAGUAGGAGUCAUGGAGUUGAAUGACGACGAUGAGGAAGAACAAGAAGAAAACGAAGAAGAAGUGGUAGUAGACCAGGAUUAUUAUUAUGAUAGCUACAAAGACUACAACGAAGAGCCUCCGUCCACACCGAGCAAGGAAAGAACUUUCUCCGAUAAGGAAAUCAUGAAUGAUGUGAAAGCUGUCUGCUCCCAGGAGGCGAUGACGGGUCCCUGCCGGGCCGUGAUGCCUCGUUGGUACUUCGACAUGUACAAGAAAAAGUGCAUUCGCUUUAUAUAUGGAGGCUGCGGAGGCAACCGAAACAAUUUUGAGUCAGAGGAAUAUUGUAUGGCUGUGUGUAAAAAGAUGAGUAAGUUCAGCCUCGCCCUGGUCCUCUUCGAAGCAAGCUGUCGUCCUUGUCUGUCUUCUCCUCCUUGACCAGAAGGUCAAAGGAAGAGUGUCUGUAGCUUUGUCCUCUAGAUCCUGGUGUCUGGUGUCUUUGUGCUGCUUUAGACUUUAAGCUCAGCUUCUGCUCCUGCAGUCAGAGAAGCCCGCCUGGUCCCCCUUUCCCGCUCUUGCACUGGCUUAGCAAAUCCUCUUCUGGAUUCCAUGGGGAGAAGGUGAAAAGUUUGGGCUUGGAGGGCUGGCCUGCGGUUCCCCCUACAGUCCCUAUUCUUGGUGCCUCUUCGUGGGAUCCGUGCAUCUCUUCCACCCUUUUUCUUUUAUACGUUUUACUGCGCAGUAAAGCUUUUCCCUAUCGGUCUUUCUGGAAACUCACUCCAGGUUCUGCUUCAUAUUUCUGAAAAUAUCGAAAUAUGGUCCGCAGUCUGA